UCGAUCCUUUCAUCUUGGUGGAAGAGGAAGUCUAGGGUUAGGGUUGAGAGAGCGAGAAAGAAAAAAAAAGGAGAACUCCAUGGCUGCCACAGGCUGGACGUGAUCGGUGAUCAGAAGAGUUGGAACCGGCGAAGUGCGAAGCAUCAGUUGUUGAAUGAAGGGGAUGGGGCAUUCUAUGGACCAAAGAUAGACAUCAGUGUAUCUGAUGCAUUAAGUAAGAAAUUUCAGUGUGCAACUUUGCAGCUUAACUUCCAGCUUCCUGAUCGUUUGAAGUUGGAAUUCUCUGCUGAGGAUGAAGCCAAAAUUGAGAGACCUGUAAUGAUACAUAGAGUAAUUCUAGGAUCUGUUGAACACAUGUUUGCCAUACUUUUAGAGCACUACAAGGGUAAAUGGCGUUUCUGGCUCAGUCCUCUUCAAGCAAUUGUAUGUCCUGUGUCUGGAAAAUCACUAUCUUAUGCACUACAGUUAAGCAACUCUGAAUUUUAUGCUUUAUUCUUUGAUAUAUUUGCUUAUACCUAUUAAAUGAUACAAAUGUUGUACUGACAUAUCUUGUGGCAGCACCUGUAUUUUUUUCAUGCCUGUAAAUUAACUGUCUAGUACUCUCAUAAUUGGCUUUUCCUUGUUUAUUUCUGAGCUUUUCUGUAUCAUGUUGAAACCGUUGAAGCAGUUUGAUUUUGUUACUAAAUUUUGUUCAGUCCAUCUCAUACAUUUUUAAAUAAACUUCCAGCUGUAAUCUGAUCACAAAGUUCGAGCAACCUCCUUGAAUAGUUGAAUAUCUUAGAGUGUGUUCGGUUUUUCAGAAUUCUUUCUAUUUUU